CGUAGGACUCUUCUCUGUUAAAUUGCUCUACUUGCUGGACUAUAGGCUAAUUCAGUUGAUGUGCGACGCAUCCAGUUUGUUAAACGUUGCAAAGAAUAAAAAGUAUAGUGGUGAAGGAAGAACGGAAUGUCAUUUGAAGAGUAGGCCUACGUGUAAGAAAAAAAAUAUUUUUUUAAAGAGAAAUAUAAAAUUAGUGGCUACAGUCAAUCUUUUGUACCCUCGGCUAGCAACAAACUGAGCCAUGGAUCUUUCGCUAACUUCUCCGUUGCUUACCGCUUUUCUGACGAGCUUGCUCGUGUUCAUCUCACGGGCCGAGCAACAUCGACGUUUUGUAGGGCCUCCCUUCCCAACCUCGCCGCCGGUUCUUGUCACGUGCAAAGGAGAUUCCAUGGAAGUCUUGAUUCGGGGGGAUCUAUUCGGUACCGGUGUGUUUGUGAACGCCGGUGAACUCCAUCUCGGUCCGGUCGACGUCAAAGGCGCGGACGACCCGUGCGCUGCGUUUCAAAUUGAGACGGUCUCAGAACCUGAGUUCAAAAUCCACGCGCGUCUGACUGAUUGCGGAACACAACUUUCGUUCACGGACCAGAGUGUUGUGUAUUCGAACACGCUGGUCUACUCGCCCAGUCCCUCCCUGGAGGGGGUGGUGUGGACCAGCCCCGCAGCCAUACCCAUAGACUGCCACUACCAGAAGAGGUUCGAGGUGGGCAGUGCUGCCCUCAUCCCAAGCUGGAUACCGUUGGUCGUCACAGCCUCCCUCCAGAAGCAGCUGGACUUCAGCCUUCGCCUCAUGAGCGAUGAUUGGCUGUUUGUGAGGGGCUCCAACGUGUACUACCUGGGCGACGUCAUACAUAUGCAGGCAGCCGUUGUCAUGGGCAACCACCUGCCCCUCCGCGUGUACGUGGACAGCUGCACUGCCACAGCAACGCCCAACCCCUCCUCCAGUCCCAGAUAUGAGUUCAUAGAUCAUCAUGGGUGUCUGUCUGAUGGCCAGGUGGCAGGGUCCAGGUCCCUCUUCCUGACCAGGGCCCGUGAUGACCAGCUCCACCUGAUCCUGGACGCCUUCAGGUUCCACCAGACAGCUGAAGACCUGCUGUACAUCACCUGCUACCUGAAGGCUGUCCCAGCCUCACAACCUGUCACCGCUACACACAGAGCCUGCUCCGUCAUAGACCACAGGUGGCGCUCUGCUGACGGGGGGGACCAGGCGUGUAACAGCUGUGACCUCUGGGAGAGGAUGAAGAACCAGGGUCAGAGCCACCUGGAGGAGGGGAGGAACACAGGCUCACUGCAGGAGUGGGGCCACCCCGUACACCUCGGGCCCCUGUUUGUCCUGCCGGCUGAGAAGCGAUGAACCAGGAUGGUCUCCACGACAACUCCACCGUGAGACAGGCAGAACAGUGGAUACCAUCGGCUACCAUGUCAAACUGGGCUGUGUAGUUUUAGUGUGUGUGGUGCUGACCUGCUACUUACUCUUCUGCAGGUCAGGUAAACAAAAUAAAAACGUUUUACAACCA